UCACUAGAUAACACAUUUUGUGGGUCCUGUGUAGCGGAGGUGACAUUCAGUCGAGGCAGGCUGGACAAGACGGUCUGGGGUUGAAAAAAAUAAUCUAGAAAACAUGGCACAAGCAGUACAGAAAUUGGUGGCUAAGGCUCCACAAUUAGUCGGCGCUGCAGUCUCCUACUCCAAACCCCGGCUAGCUACUUUCUGGCGCUAUGCCCGCGUGGAGCUGGUGCCUCCUUCCCCAGCAGAGAUUCCCAAGGCCGUUGAAAGUGCCUUGGGGAUUGUCAAGAGCUUCCAAACAGGUCGCCUUGGUCAGACCACAGUUAGGGAUGCUUUGAGGAACGGACUCGUCGCCACAGAAGUGCUGAUGUGGUUCUACAUCGGAGAGAUCAUUGGCAAAGGAGGCAUCAUUGGAUACAAUGUGUAGACUGUCCUAAAUCAUAGACUGUCCUGUGGUGUCUUUUUCCCCCUUGAGCACCUGUAAAUGCUCUUUGCCUCCUGUUCCAAACAUGUUUUGGGAUCUAAUAAAUGUCUGUUGUUUAAAAGUAA